AUUAUAGCAGUUCACCAGUCACGGUUUUAUCAUCACGCAAAAUGACCGAGCAGUUAUUCCGAGCAAACAGGGCAGACUAACUGUGGACACAGGAUUUUACCACUGAACCCCUAAAACUGGCAACUUAUUUCUAUCCAGGACUUUAUUCGCCAUUAAAAUGAGUAUUAUGAGCUAUAAUGGAUCAGCCUUAGUGGCAAUGAAAGGCAAAGACUGUGUUGCCAUAGCUGCAGACAGAAGAUAUGGUGUGCAAUUUCAAACUAUAUCCACAAACUUUGAAAAAACAUUUGCUGUGGGGCAGAAACUCUAUCUAGGUUUAUCAGGAUUAGCAACAGAUAUUCAAACAGUAUCCAACCUAGCAAAAUUCCGAACAAAUUUGUAUGAGCUGAGAGAAAAUCGAAAAAUAUCUCCAAAAGCAUUUAUGCAUAUAAUGUCAAAUUUGUUAUAUGGAAGAAGGUUCGGUCCCUAUUUUGUCGAACCAGUUAUUGCUGGCCUUCAUCCAAAAACUAAUGAACCAUUCAUAGCUUCUGCCGAUUUGAUUGGUUGUACGAUGGAGCCAGAAGAUUUUGUUGUAUCAGGAACUUGUGCUGACCAAUUAUACGGAAUGUGUGAAUCACUUUGGGAACCCGACAUGAGCCCAGAAGACUUGUUUGAAUGUAUAUCUCAAGCUAUAUUAAACGCACAGGACCGCGAUGCUCUGGCUGGAUGGGGGGCCACUGUUCAUAUUAUAGAGAAAGCUAAAGUCACCACAAAAACUCUUAAAGCACGGAUGGAUUAGGUCAUUUUCAUGCCGAAAACUUCGAAUCAUCUCAAUGGAAAUGCAAGUUUGUUCACUGUUGCUCUGUAAAAUAUUUUCAAACUUCGUAAAUAAAAAACCAUGAAAAUC